UGUCAUGUGGUUUCGGUGCUCCUACAUUGUGCUACUGGUGGAAUUUUCGGCGUGGGUUCUGUCUUCGUGUUCGGAUGCCUACCGAAUGAGUCUCGGACUGCGUGAUGAUCAGCCGAGGACCAGUGCACCGACCUGGAGCAAGAAUAGCCGCUUUCUGCACUUGCUGCAUGUGGUGCGUUUUCCCAACCUGAUGUGCACGGGCACCUGGGGACAGGAGGGCACCUGUUACGCCUUCAAGGAGUGCAUGGAAAGGGGAGGAACCGCCUACGGCCAGUGCGCCUUCGGAUUCGGCGUCUGCUGCUCCCUGACCGCCAGCUGCAGCUCCAUGAUCACGCUGAACAGCACCUACUUCAGCAGUCCCGGCUUCCACGCUGCCCCCGGUGCGACCCAGACGCCUCCUAGCGGCGGCGACGGCGACUCCAGUGGCGUUGGGGGACAGUCGACUUGCGCCGUGCAGGUGUUCAAGCUCAGCAACCGCAUCUGCCAGAUACGCCUCGACUUCGACGAGUUCGACCUGGAGCGGCCCACGGUCGGCAACUGCGACGGCGAGAAGCUGAUUGUGACGGGACAGAAUGCGAACAACGUGGUGCCACCGUUGUGCGGGCUGAACACCGGCCAGCACCUGUACAUCGACGUGGACAUGUCCCCCGGACCGGUGAACCUCUACGUGGAGACGAAUGGGACGAGGAACAGCCGCUGGAACAUCAAGAUAUCGCAGAUCAAAUGCGACAGCCCCGCGAGAGCGCCGUCCAACUGCCUGCAGUACUAUACCGGGGUGAGCGGCAACUUCAGCAGCUUCGACUACGCCGAGGCGCAGGAGAUACCCCCAAGGCGCGGCUACCUCAACAACCUAGACUACACGGUGUGCUUCAGGAAGGAGGCGGGCUACUGUUCCAUUACCUACUCCGUGCCAGGAAUGGACGUCCCCUUCUCCAUACAGAACGUUGGUGCCGACAACGCACCCACAACGAAUGAAACCGAAGCGGGCAUGGGAGUAACCGAGUGCACCAUGGAUUACCUGCUUCUCGGAGGAGUCAGGUACUGCGGCACAAAGCUGAACCCGUCGACGGAAAUGCCCAAUCCCGUCGUCAAUGCACCAGUCACAGAUAUGACGUCCGGCCCUUUCACGGCAAGAUUCGUGUCAGAUGGAACAUUGAACGCACGUGGUUUUCUGCUUAACUACAUGCAAAACCCUUGUUGAAGGGCGCGAGGACCACAAGCUCGCAUCAGCAAAGAUGCAAGUCAACUUUCGGGAAACUGUGACUCAUCAUAAUAUUUAUUUAUACAGGUCUACGGACAGCGGGUCAGUAGUACACGCGUGAAGGAAGCGGAUGAGGAUCAUUGUUCAGGUUUGCUGCUGAGCUUGACAGUGGGCAGGGUUGUAAAAAGGCAGCAUGACAUAUCCAAGGUCACGAAAGUUGCUUUGUUCACCGUUCAUGAAACUUAAAAAUCGGACUUUUAGGCGCUUACUAUCUUAGGGACACCUCUUCGAAGCGAAUGUCAACGAAAAACGAGGUAUGCCCAUCUCACUUUAUGAAGAUAUACAUUAAUGCCUUAAUUAUUACCCUACAGUUCUACAAAAUAUUUCGAGGCCAGUAAAUGCCAACGUCAAUUUCUUUCCAGGGCGGAUGAACAACACAGUAAAGACAG